AUUUCAAACCCUAGCGCCCCCGAAAGACAAAUCGAAAGACUAGCGAAGGCGGUGGUUGAAGAAGAAGAAGAAGAAGAAGCGAUGGCGAAGUCAAUGAGGUCGAAGAAAUUGAAGAGGCUUCGAGCGAUUCGGAGAGAGAUGGUGGAGCCCUACUACGACAACAAAGAUGUUGCUAAGCUCGCUGCUCAGGAGGCUGCCCUCGCCGCCCCUAAGCUCCCCGCCCGUCCCACUUCUACCAACACAGAUACCACUACAACCUCAAACGCUAUGGAUGUGGAGAUAGCUGAUGGGAAUCAAAGCAUGCAUUCUUUAAAGCCUGCUGGUGGAAUAGGGAAGAAGUUCAAAAGGAAAUUCAAGAUGGGUAAAGGCAAGCGCCGUGGUAAGGGCAUCAGGAGGAAGCACCAUAUUUGAUUCCAUAACAGAUACUGGUAAUUGAUAUUUCUCCUACUAUACUAAUGGUAUCAAGUGGCCUGUGGGCAAUCUUGGUAGUUCUAAGAUAGGUAUAUUUUGUAUUCUGAUUUUGUUGAGUGACAUGAAUGUAGACUAUCCUUUUUCUUUUAUCACAACUUAUAAAUAUGGAUGAAUGACUUUUUUCCCCUUGCA